AUGAACGACCAAAGUCGAUCAGAUGCCGAAAACUAUCCACUGCUCAUCGAACGACGUUUCUCCGAGCCUCAUGCCCAAGGAACCGAGAAGAGCCAAACAUCAAACGGUUACUGGGCCCGCCUUUGGCAACCAUCACCCUCCUGGGUAAUCUGCGUUCUCGCAAUCUACGAGCUUAUCUUCGGAGUUUUGGCGGUCCCCGAGUUCAAUGCAACCUUUGCUUUGAUCUGUCACCAGCGCCAAUCACCCAGCCAGACCCACCCAAAACUAGAACAAUGUUUCGCCAAUAUACACACGCAGUCCGAUCUUUCCCGGUUUCUCAUCUAUCGCCAAAUAAUAGCGGGUCUCCUUGGUGCCUUUUCGACCCCAAUCCUGGGUUCACUAUCGGAUCGCGUCGGUCGCAAGCCAAUCCUCGCGUGUACCGUUGUCGGCCCUCUUCUAUACGAGAUCCUUAUGGUAAUAGUCCUCCGCAACCCGGAAUCGAUAAACGUGCACUGGCUUCUCGUGGGAUACGCAAUGGAAGGUCUUAGCGGGACGAUGAUUGCCGGGACUUCGACCGCACAGACCUACAUUACCGAUCUCACGCGUCCCAGCUCCCGGGCGCGGUGGUUCAGUUACUUGCAGGCUUCGUAUGCCUUUGCUGGGGCGGUUGGGCCUCUCAUUGCCAGCUUGCUUCUAAAAAUGCCGAAUCCCUUCGAAACGAUCUUUUGGCUUGCCAUAUGUUCUCAUUUCUCCCUCUUGCUUAUCAUUCUAUUCGCCUUGCCGGAAUCGCGCAAUCCAGUCUCUACUGGUCGCCCGGACCUAGAUGGAGUAACCCUGGAGCAACCUACUGGCGAAAGUUAUCUCCGUGUAUUUCUGACGUCGCUCAAGUCUAUCCGGGAAUUCAAAGGGUUUCGAAAUAAGAAUAUGAUCAUUCUGGCUGGGAUAGACAUGAUUAUUUUUGGGAACAUGAUAGUGGCAACCGACCACGCAAAGCUUUUUCAUAUCCCUUUCCUACUCAUGGAGCGUUUUGGUGCUGGUAGUUCUAUUCCCGCUGAUAAUGACGCGGUUCCGCCGAUGGAAUAG